AUGGCCAAUUUACUCCGUACGGAGUAUGGUGAAAUGAGAUGUCCCUUGUACUGGGCAAAAAUUUCCGACCAUGUAAUUGGUUCGCACGCAUGUCGCAAACAACGCUGCAUCUUAAGAAUCGCUUACCAAGUACGGAGUAUAUCGGAGGUAUUAUCACACCUGGUGCCUGCAUCUUCCUGCAGCAACAGAGAGGGAUAUGGAGCCAGGGAGUCUAUAGAAGAAGGGCCCCGGCAAGCAUUCGCUCUUCAAUUGGGCGUUAUUUUUGACAUAACGGGACCUGCUACUAUGUUUGCUGCCGAACAUUUUGUCCUUUGCUGCAAGCGAUAUUCGGCACCAAAAUUCAAUGCUAGCUGUGGUGUGGCCUCGCUCUUUGGUUGUUACUUCGACUUUAGCUGUAUCAUUAUGGACAGUGCCCGUGUCAACCCAUAG